AUGGGUCGUGCGAGGCGGUCACUACUCUUGCGCCUCUUCCUGCUUCUUCAGCUGAUGCCUCUACCCCACUGCCGGGAUCUGCCGGCGGACGAUGGCAGCCCCCGCCGUCAUCGUGUGUCGAGGAGGAGCGUGCUGGACAUUGCGUUUGUCCUGUGGUGCUACAGGAGCCGCUAUCAGUUCUCCAUUUACAGCGUGAACGGCUACGGCUGCUACUGCGGGAAAGGGGGUGAUGAGUGCCCCUGGAUGACUUCGACAGCUGCUGCUUCAAUCACGACUGUUGCUACGAGGGCCGAGUGCCCCGAGGGUCUGGACCCCUGCUCCAGUGACCUCUGCCUCUGCGACAAGCAGUUUGGCGAGUGCCUGACCAUUGCCACAUUUCGGGACCAGUACUCCAACUAUCAGCAGAAGUUCUGCACUGAGCCCAAGCGGAAAUGUCCCCAAGAGGAGAAGAUUGACAUGGAGGGAGAAACCAGAAGAUAG